GAUGAAAAUUUAUUUGGGCAGCAAAACGAGUUGUUGAUGGCAACUCUGCCACUGGUGUAUAACGGAGCAGCUUCGCCGUCACACAGUGGUUCAGUUGCAGCCUAGCAGCGUAAGAUAUUGGUGCUAUCUUGGAUGUUCUCUCGUUAUUCACGUGAUCCAAACAUGAAUCAUAACGAUAUAAAUCAACACAUUAUGGGAGUCAACGAAGAUGCGGAGUUCUUCACCGAUUACGGCAAUCCUGGAGGUGGUGAUGCGAGAGGAAACUCUCGGUCGUACUACCCUUCUGAAAUGUUCAGCCCACCGACCUUCUCAAAUCAAGAUUUGGUAAGUGAUCCUCUGUACAGACAAGAUUUGUCUCGAUCUGAAGACUCGUCGCUGAGGAAUACCUCUGCCAACACGAGCGGCCAUCUGGCGGGCGAUGAACUCCCUUCAGAACACCAACAGGAAAUUCAUGCAGAGAAUGAUAAUGGGAACUGCAGGCAGCUUUCCAGUCGACGUCUUCAGAGCCAAAGUAAUUCAAGGACCGAGUUGGGCGUCUCACUCGACCAGCAAGACAUCCAAGAAAUGAGAGAAUCGAUACAGCAAGAACACCUGCUUAGGGCACUGUACAACGAGGCCCUGCAACAAGUUGAAAUGCUCAGUCCUGAUUACUUGGGUGAUCUUGAACACGAAGACCUUUUUGCAGAGCUCAUCCCUGAGCUCGUAAGCUUUGGUAGCUGGACUUAAGCAGAAGUAGUCUAGCUCUUCCUGGACGACGACCCGACGCUCUCAUGUCUGGUCACAAUGUCUUCUGCUAGAUAGAAGAAGUUUGUAAUGCCGAUUUCACAGUACUGUGAAUAUAAAUGAGAGGAAUACACUAUUUAACAAAGACAAGAAACUAGAAUCAGUACACCAUAUCACAUGUGAUACAGCGUAAUAGUAUUAGUUCCUUUUUCUGUUAAAUGGUAUCUACUUGUCAUUUAUAUAUCCCAGUUAAUCAGAGUUGUUCGAUCCACUGCCAUGUGGGUUUAGUUAUCUUGUGUUGCUGAACACAGCAGAUGGAUUCAGAUGUUUUGAUAUGUUCAACUCCCAGGUGGAUUUAGUUAUCUUGUGUUGAUCAAUCCACUAGGUGGAUUUAGCUAUCUUGUGUUGCUCAACCCACUAAGUGGGUUUAAUUAUCUUGUGAUGCUCGACCCACUAGGUGGAUUUAGCUGUCUUGUUUUGCUCAACCCACUAGGAUUUAGCUAUCUUGUGUUGCUCAACCCACUAAGUGGGUUUAGUUAUCUUGUGAUGCUCGACCCACUAGGUGGAUUUAGCUGUCUUGUUUUGCUCAACCCACUAGGUGGAUUUAGCUAUCUUGUGUUGCUCAACCCACUAGGUGGAUUUAGCUGUCUUAUUUUGCUCAACCCACUAGGUGGAUUUAGCUAUCUUGUGUUGCUUAACCCACUAAGUGGGUUUAGUUAUCUUGUGAUGCUCGACCCACUAGGUGGAUUUAGCUGUCUUGCGAUGCUUGACCCACCAAGUGGGUUUAGUUAAACUGAGUUAAUUUGUAGGCUGAUAGACAGCAACCACCCAGGGAGACACCACCGUCACUCACAUUAGUGUUUCGCACCGUAGAAUAUCUUUCUGUGUCAUGAACACGUAAGAUGAUAGGUAAAUCUUACUAACCUCUGCAUUCAGUAUACAUGUAUCUUUAUUUUCCCGUGUGUUUCUUAAUAGCUCUUGGUCCUGUAACAUUUCCUUUCCAAUUUAAGAGAGCUGGUCUGAGACCGGGCUGCAGGGGCGAUGGUCCCCGAAAUCAUAAUCAGAUAUAACAGGAGAGUCAAGUUGCAUAGAGUUUCAACCUAUUGAGACACCUCAUUACAAGGUUGUAUAUUAAAAGGUUGAAAUUUUAAAAAAACAUUCAGACAUCUUUUUAUUCACUAUUUUAUAGAGCCAAGACAAAAGAGUCCAAGUGUGGCUGUUUAGCUACAAUUUUUUCUUUAGUGGAGAUAUGACAACGACAUUGAAAAUCGUAAGUUGUCACUAGAGCAUAGAAAAUUAUUAAGUAAAUCAUUAUUUUAACUUCAUUUUUGUUAACUAAGAAAAAAAAAAGCAUGCUUCAGGCUUUAUAUAAAUGGAGGCUGUGAUAUGUGCCUUUGUGUAGUGAAAUUUUUUUAAAUGUUGAGUUUCUGUGUUGAUAUACAGCGCCAUUUUGACAGUGAUUUAUCUUAUACCUGGAAAAAACUGCGUUAUGUUAUGUUUAUAUUAAUACUUCAAACUUCACAUUGUUCUGUAAAACUUGUUAUAGCUUUUGUUCCAUCCAGCAUUUUGGUGUAAUCUUGUAGCCUUGUAUUAUUGUGGACUGGUGUAGGAUUGUAUUCUUGUAGGCUGGUGUAGCCCUGUGUUCUUAUAGGCUGGUGUGUCUCAAGAGUGCUAAACACAGCAAGGUUUUUGAGUGAUUGAUUA